AGUGUCAAAAUUUAAUAGGUUAUGUCAUGAAAAUGUUCAAAUUUAUUCGAAUGUGCGACUUAGAAUUAAGUUGUUUUUAAAUAGAAAAAAAAAGUAACAAAAUAAAAUGACUUUAAUCGAUCCGGAUUCUAAGGAAGAAUCCGCUAAAACCAACGACAAACAACAAACUUCCGAAGCUAGUCAGUGGGGUUACGAUUUGUAUCCAGAUAGACGACACCAACAAAAAACCGCCGGUUUUUUUACCGGAAAAGGCAGGGAAAACAUCGAGAAAAUCAAAUGCGAACGAAGCGUUUACCAGUGCAUCAAAGAGAGCCCUUUAAUUAAACUGAUGAUGGGAGCUCUGAGGGCCUCCGGUUGCCCCAUCGACAUUCGCAGGCACAUUUCCUGCGAGGAAUGCGCCCCUACAGUUAGCGGAGGAUACGAUCCCAUAAUGAAUCAGAUUGUAAUUUGCCAAAACACGGUAACAAAAACGAGCCUAAUCCACGCCGUUUUAACCCACGAGUUCGUUCACAUGUUCGACUUCUGCAAGAACGAUUUGGAUUUCAAGAACCUGGACCAUUUGGCUUGCACUGAAGUCAGAGCGGCCAAUUUGGCCCAUUGCAGUUUUGUGUCAGCCAUGUUAAGUGGAGACGCUUCGCCGAUUAACAUCAAGCAGGCGCAUCAGUUCUGCGUUAAAAAUAAAGCCCUGAGCUCCAUCUUGGCGGCGAGGAAUGUAACUGAAAGUGAAGCUAUAGCUGCGAUUAACAGAGUGUUUACCAAGUGUUAUGCGGAUUUGGAACCGAUCGGGAGGAGGAUAAGAAGGAAUUCGAAUGAUAUGAGUAUGGCUUACGAGGAAGGUGUUUAUUAUGGUUACGGAUAGUUUUUUUAAGCUAUUUAUUUAGUGUAUUUUGUAAAUGUUAAAUAA